AGCGCCUUCACUCUGCCACCUCCAGCAAUUCCCCGUUUCCCGCCCUACAUUGUUAGCCUCGACGCCGAGUCGAUGUGAAAGUGUAGCACGUGAACCAACCCAACCCCCCAAACUGCGCCGCCCGUGUCAAGUGGGCGAUUCGGCGGUUGCACUCGACGGUUGAGUAGCUCCCGAAGCGGAUCAAGACCUCUACCUGGCCUCUUCUCGCAACGCCAUCGAAACCGUUGAGCAGAGCAGCCGGUGCGACGCGUCAAUUUCACACGUUACGACGCCCGGGCUAAGACAAAAUCAAUUACCUUAGUCACCACCGCACCCUCGAAGCGUUGCAUACCACACGUCUUGCAUCAUGGAGCCGUGGAUGAGCUGGGUCGUGUUCCUGGCCAUUGGAGGCGCCGCCUACUGGUACUACAUGCACCAGGGCAACACGGCGGAUACCCGAGGACGCUCAACCACGGGCAAGUCGACGACCAACUCGCUCAAGGACGCGGUCGGUUGGGACGCCCCGGAGAAGAAGCCCAAGGCACAGAAGGCUGCAAAGCCCAAGGCCCCUCGCAAGUCGGUCAAGACGGCCGUUCAGGAUGUCGGCAACAAGGCCGCCGCUACCAUCUCACAAGCCGCACCCAAGCAGGCUGCCGACGACAGCGCCGUCGAGCCCCCCGCCGCCUACACCAACAAGGCCCCGAGCGGCAAGGACGUCUCCGACAUGCUCGGUGAGCGCGCCGCCUCGCCUGCUGUCAUGAGCAUCAAGCCCUCCGAGAAGCCAGCCAAGUCAGUCAAGGCUCAGACACAAAAGGCCGAGGUUGCGACCGAGUCCAAGAAGCAGCGCCAGAACAGGAAGAAGGUCGAGGAAGCCAAGGCCGCGCGCGAGGAAGAGGAGAAGGCGCGCAAGGCUCUCGAGGAGAAGCAGCGUCGUGUCGCCCGUGAGGCUCGCGGUGAGCCGGCCAAGAACGGUCUCGGACAAAGCAAGCCCCCAGCCUCCAACCCCUGGACAGAGGUGCCCUCUCGCGGCGCUGUCCAGCCUCCCAAGGCUGCUUCGUCUGGUCAGCUUCUCGACACCUUCGAGGCUCCCGCCCAAACCGCUACCAAGACCGCCGCCCCUACCAAUGGCGCUGCGAAGACCUCUGCCCCUCUCAACACCCUGCCCUCAGAGGAAGAGCAGAUGAGGCUUGCCAUGGAGGACUCUGCCUGGACCACCGUCCCCAAAGGCGGCAAACCCAAGCGCAAGACCGUGAACGAGGAGCUCGCUGAAGAGCUCAGCGAAGUCACCACCACCACGAAGCCACAACAGUCCGCCAAGCCAGUUCGACCAACUGAAGCCAUCAAGGAGAACAAGAACCCCAGCUCUCGCUACCAGAUCCUUGCCGAAGAGUUCAACCCCAAGACUGGCGACGAUGCCGAUGACUGGGCCGUCAUGUGAAGUUGGCAAACAUGACUCAGCCAACAGCUGGUCUCAGGACCUCGGGUACAUUUACGUACCCUGGACGACGACACACCUUUCGAUUUCU